AUGCUGCUGGGCACGCUGACGGGCCAGGGCCCCAGGGUCGCCUGUGGGUGCACCCCAGGCCGCAGCCUGAGGAUGCAGAGGCUGCUCCUGCUGUCCUUCCUCCUCCUGGCCACUGGGGGCCUUCCGGGGGAGGCGACCUCAGAGUCAUGGGAUGGACCCCGAAUAAUCAAGCUUCCAUGGUGGCACCGACUGGGGCAGCCCCAGAGCCUGCUGGGAAGCUCCCAGCCCAGCUACCAGCACAGCGGCACCAUCCUCACCCGGGACGACAACAAAUGCAGCGUGUCUGUGCGGGAGCAGCGGGAGGGCAUCGCCCUCCAGGUGGAGUGCACCCAGCUCAGCCGUAAGUUCUCCUGUUUCUUUGUUGGUGACCCAACCUCCUGCACGACAAGUGUCACCAAGAAGAUGAUCUACUGGAGACAGAUUGCCCAGGGCCUGCGCUCUCAGAUGGGCAUGUGCAAGGACGCCAGUGCCGCCCUGAGCACCAGGGUGUGUGGCAGGAAUUUCCCGGAAUCCACUCUCAAGCUGGCAUACUCUACCCUGAUCAAUGCUACCAGCCUGGACAAGAUGGACCAUGUCCCCUGGUGGCAUGACAAGACCACCACCACCACCCAGCCCACUACCACCACCCAGACCACCACCACCACCCAGCAGACCACCACCAAAUUUGAUCAUGUGGACGACACUGACAUCAAGUAUCCAGACCCGGACAUACCCUUCCUGCCAUACACAAUAUACGAGGAUGGCCCCUUCCUGCCAUACCCAGACAUGAACCAGCCAAUUUACCAGGAUGGACCUUUCCUGCCGUACCCACACAUGAACCAGCCAGUUUACCAGGAUGGACCUCUUCUCCCCAUACCUGCACACAGACCAGCAGACAUAUCCUGA